CGACGACGUGUUUUUAAUUGAGCAGUGUGCAGGAAAUCGACUUCAAGUCUACUGGACUGCUAAUUCAGAAGCUUCUCACACUUCCUCACUCACACAAGAACCCAAAAAAAAAAAAAAAGGCUUUGGAAAAUUGAAACCGAAAGCAAUGGGUUCGGCUUCAACGUUAUGCUCGAUUUCGAAGCUUAACGUUCAUAGAGACAACGUAGUUUUUUUGCCCAAAACUCGAUCCUCUACCUCGGCCUACCAGUCGGGCUUCCUCGGUUCGAAGCUACCCGGGAAACUGUCUCUGUUGUCAAUCCAAAAAUAUCCACGGAAUCGAACAGGUCCAUUCGCACGACCCGGUUCGAAUCCUAUCUCCGCAUCGCAUCACACUUUCGACGUCGUCAUCAUCGGAGCUGGAAUCAUCGGGUUGACCGUUGCCCGGCAGCUCCUGAUCGGGUCGGACCUAUCCGUGGCUGUGGUAGACAAAGAUGUGCCUUGUUCUGGUGCCACUGGUGCUGGGCAGGGAUACUUGUGGAUGGUAAACAAAACCCCUGGCUCUGAUACAUGGGACUUGGCUAUGAGAAGUCAUAGACUUUGGGUGAUGUUGGCUGAGAGUAUGCGUGAACAGGGUUUGGAUCCUCUUCAGCAUUUGGGGUGGAAGAAUACAGGAAGCUUGUUAAUUGGUACAAGCUCUGACGAGUUGGAUUCAUUGAAAAGGAGGGUGACGCUGCUACAGGAUGCUGGAUUGAGAGCAGAGUAUCUGUCUGGUGGUGAUUUGCUUUUGGAGGAACCUGAUCUCCUGGUUGACAAAGAUGGUGGGGCUGCGUUUGUACCUGGUGACUGUCAAUUGGAUGCUCAACGUGCUUCUGCAUUCUUUCAAAAGGUCAACAGACAUUUUUCAUCUGAGGGCAGAUAUGCUGAGUUCUUUUAUGAUCCAGUGACAAGUUUAUUAAGGUCUGACAGCAGUGGGGAUGUCAUAGCUGUUAAAACUUCUAAUAACACCUUGUAUAGUAGGAAAGCCAUUGUUGUGGCAGCUGGUUGUUGGAGUGGGUCACUGAUGCAUGACCUGUUUAGAGAGUCAGAAAUUGUGCUGGAUGUCCCUGUAAAACCUAGAAAGGGUCAUCUGUUAGUGCUUGAGAAUUUCGAUUCCCUUAAAGUUAAUCAUGGUCUGAUGGAGGCUGGAUAUGUUAACCAUCAAAUUGCAACUCCACUUCCUGGAAUCUCGGCUUCGGAAGCAUAUGAUCAUGGGCAAACCUUGUCUAUUUCAAUGACGGCCACUAUGGAUUCAAUGGGGAACUUUGUUCUUGGGAGCAGCCGCCAGUUUGCUGGAUUCAGCACUGAAGUGGAAGAAUCCAUUGUUAACGGUAUAUGGAAUAGGGCCAUGGAUUUCUUUCCCAAACUAAGAGAAAGACCCUUGUCAGAUUUUAUUAAGAGCAGAAGAGUGAGAACAGGAUUACGACCUUACAUGCCUGAUGGGAAGCCAGUGAUUGGGCCCGUGCCAGGCUUGCCAAAUGUUUUUCUUGCAACUGGUCAUGAAGGAUUUGGACUUGCCAUGGCUCUGGGGACUGCUGAAAUGGUUGCUCAUAUGGUGCUGGGCAAUUCAGAAAAUGUUGAUUCUGCAUCUUUUGCUGUUCAAGGCCGAUGUUGUUAAUAAGACACAUUCGAGUCUGCACAUGAGUAUGUAACCACACAUAUAAUUGUUGUAUUGUGUAGUCAUUUUCAAAUAGUUUCUCUGUAAAUUAACAAGCAAGAACAACCAUGCAAUUAAGUGACGAAAUUAAAUAAUUAUUUAAGUAAA